GGGUCGAUCGUGUAUCUUUUAGCGUUUUCGAAUGUAGCAGAUUUAAUCGCUCUGAGAGCGAUUAAUGACGUCAUUGCAUCGUCUCUGCCAAUAAAAGGCUUGAAUUCAUAGUAAAAUAUAGUGAUUAAUUGAUCCGGGUUGAAUUAACCCGUUCAUUCAAAAACGCUAUAAGAAGAAAAGAGACAAAUGACACAAUGCCCUCUUUGUCAUCCCGCACGUUUACGCCUUUACGCCAGGGUUUAUAUGAGAGAGGGCGCGUUCCAGGUUCCAGGUUUUAGUAUGUAUAGAGUUCAGUGGCCUCGACUAAAGUGAAUCAGAGUAGUUGAACGUUGAAUGAGCCGGGAUUUAUGCUGGAAGAAUUGAAAAUGUACUGACCGAUGUAAUGUUUCAUGUUUUCUAUCGUAUAUCUUAUAAGCAGUGAAAAGCUCGACAGACUUUUAAAAAUCCGAUAGAUUAGCCAAAACGAAUGUUGUAUCGAAUUUUGUGAGUUAUUGCAAAUAUGUCGGGAACGCUAAAACCCUAUUUGACAGCAGUUAGGCGUACGCUUACCGCUGCCAUGUGUCUGGAGAAUUUUUCCUCUCAAAUUGUGGAAAAACACAAUAAACCUGAAGUGGAAGUAAGGGCGAGCAAAGAACUGCUUUUGACGCCUAUCUUGAUAAGUAGAAAUGAUAAGGAAAAGGUCUUGAUUGAAUCUAGUAUAAACAGUAUGAGAAUAAGUAUCGCCGUGAAGCAAGCCGAUGAUCUAGAAAAGAUUCUUUGUCAUAAUUUUACAAGAUUCAUGACAAUGAGAGCCGAACAUUUUAUGAUACUCAGAAGAAAACCAGUAGAGGGCUAUGACAUUAGCUUUUUAAUUACUAAUAUUCAUGUCGAGCAAAUGUACAAACAUAAGAUAGUAGAUUUUGUUAUUCACUUUAUGGAGGAGAUCGAUAGAGAAAUCAGCGAAAUGAAAUUGUCGGUUAAUGCUAGAGCACGCAUAUGUGCGGAGGAAUUCUUAAAAAGAUUUUAAUCUAUUUAUGGCGAGUAUUAACAAUAUAUGAAUAAUUCCAAGAAUCGAAGCACACAACGGAUGCAUUGCGCAUUGAUAUUGUCCAUUCUACAACAUUAAACGACAACUCUGACAAAAUUAAGGAAGACAUUUUUAUAAAAUAUUCAACAAAAUAUAUCCUCUCUGUAUUGCCACUGGAAUUGUUCCAUGUUAAAUAAAAUAUUAUGUUAAUGUAAACAUAGUGUUAUAAGCUGGCUUUGUUAUAUAAGAUUUCAAGCAAUAUUAAAAGAUUGAAUAUUGCUAUAUAAAUAUUUGCCAUGUGAAUGGUUUUUAAGCAUUUAUUUCAUAAAACUAGGUGGAUAAAAUGAAUAAAGAAGCCAUCUGAAUAAAUCUAAAACCAAUUAUUUGUGUAGUACAUUUUUUAUGAAAAAAAUGAUAUUUGAGUAAUUCAAUAACACUUAUAAGAGUUUAAUUAGUUUUAAGCAAAUUCACAAGUUUGAGUUAAAUUUCUUUUCAGAUUGGACUAUUUGACAUGGAAUAAUUAAUUUUUACCAAUGUUGGCUAAGAAGUCGAAUGUUUUUACAAAAUUGCGAUUAAUUGACACACAUACAUACAAACAUAUAACGUAUACACUUACCUACGCAUACAUAUACUUUUAAUUCUAAUGCUUCAAUUAUAUAGAAUUAUAUGUA